GGAGCAGAGCUGGCGUUCACAGUGGUUUUAGAACUGUGCUGCUUAAAACCUAAUCGUAUAACAAAUUACUUAUGUGACGGUAUAUGGAGAUCAAGUACAUUCUACGCUAGAGGAAGUGCGUUAAUGUAUAAAGUUUUAAUGGGCAACGGAAACAGGUUUGCAGUGAAUUGGUGACAACGAUUUUGCAAUAUCUAAAUGAUAUGAGAAUCUAAUUCAAAGGAAUAUAAUACAGCCACGUGAAAUUUGCUUCCAAUGAUGAGUAAAAAUCUGAAGAUAGUGACUGUUGGAGACGGAGGUGUGGGCAAGACUUCCCUGCUGGUGGCCUACACACAGGGAUCGUUUUCCGAUGUACACGAACCAACUGUUUUCGAAAACUACAGCGGGGAGAUGAUAUUCAACGGAACGCACUACAAUUUCACGCUGUGGGACACGGCCGGCCAGGAGGACUACGACCGGUGCCGCGUCCUCUGCUACCCCGAGACAGACGUGUUCUUGGUGUGCUUCAGUGUCGUAAACAAAGCCUCUUUCAGCAACGUUCACGCGUCUUGGCUGCCGGAAAUCAGGCGGGAAUGUGGAGAUAAAGUGCCAGCUGUGCUCGUGGGCACGAAAGUCGACCUACGAAAGAACGCCGAGUCGACUGCAUCCGUGACGAGGCGCGAGGGGCGUCGCCUCGCCGCUCGACUCGGCAUGAAGAACUACGUCGAGUGCUCGGCCAAGACCGGCCACGGCUGCCAGCAGGCGUUCAGGAUUGCUAUUGAGGCGACGACACCCAAACCGAUCUGCGUCCUGCUCUGAUGUGACGUGGACACGCGUUAACAUUUGCGUUACGUUUAAUCACUGCCUUCGGAAGAGUUUGUGUUAAUAUAUUUUAUGUGUUGUGUCCUUAAAGUAAUGAAUUAAAGCAUCACAUGAAUUAUGA